AUGAGGCAUUCCAGACCCAGUGAGGAGGUUCGGAAUGGUGGGACUAGGGGUCUCGCUGAAAGAGAACAGGGAGGUCGUAGCGAAGGAGGCAGCGAUAGAAGAAGAUGCUACAACUGCCAGCAGAUAGGGCAUAUUGGGAAGGAUUGUCCACGGAGGAGACCCCGCGUUAACCAGAUAGUGGAUACAUCCAACAAUACGACAAGUGAUUCGGAAGAGAACCGUAAAAACAUGACAGGGUUGAUCAAGAGUGCGCGGAGCCUUGGCAUAAGAGCCAACGGCGACAUGAGUGGACCCUUAAUAGGUGAGAUAUGCUCAAGCAUGCGUUCAGCAUGUUGUCGCGCCGGCGUGCGCGCGUGCUUGAUACGCGCGUUCAUGAUUAGCAUAGUACCAAUAGCGGUGCUGGCACAGGCACAAAGAAGUGGCUUUGACGUGGACAGUUUAGAGAUGAUUUCUAAUUCAGACAUGGUUCCAGUGUAUGACGCAUCAGGUAAUCGCAUGGAGUUCAUGGGAGCUGUGAAGAUUACAGUAGAAUUAGAAGGAGGUAGAAAAGCCAAAGUGUCUUUCCACAUUAUGGAUGUCAAUGAAAAAGAGAUAUUACUGGGUACAAACUCCUUGGACCAGAGGGCUACGAUUACCCGCAUAGUGCAAUGCAUUUGUCGGCUCGAUGGAGGGCACGGUUACAAUGAGGGAGAUCGCCUCAUUUGGCCACACAUGACUGGGAUGGUUGCAGGUGUGUAUACCAUCAAAGGUCGAAGUGUAGAUGUAUCCGUGGUGAACGAUAGCGAUGAGCCCAUGAUCUGUAGAGAGGGAAGAACAGUGACAGGUCAGUGGGGGACAGAGAAAUGGCGUGAGGGUUGGGAAGAUGUGAACCCGCUCAUGCUGGAUAGUACAUCCCCUGAUAUGAGUCCAGAGCAGAGGCGAAUUUUACUGCUAGAACAGAUUAAGGAGGCGUCAAGUGUAGAAACGUUGAGCGCUAAGAGUUGA